CGCUGCUUGAGCAUAGUAUCUGAACUGAUCUGAACUAUGAAUGACACCAACUGAAUAAAAUUAAGAAAGGGCACUGACAGGCAUUUUACACGGCCGGUGUUUGUCACAAUCAAUGCUACCGCUUCAAAACUUGGAAGAGGACAAAGAGGUUUAAAACCUCGGCAUCGAUGUACACCGUCUGAAAAUGAACUUCAAAUAUUUUUACAUAAGCAAAAUAAGCGCCAAAGAAUGGAAGAGAAUUUAAAAAUUAAUGUGGAUGCAAAUGUUGUGAACAUCGGUAAUGGAGAUAAUGACGACGAUGAUACAUCAAACCCUGGAUUGUCGAAAACACAGGAAAUUGUGGAUGAUGAACAAGAGGAUCCAUUAAACGUUGUUAGUGUAGAGGCUGCGAAAACACAACAAAAGAUCAAUGAGAAGACCAUGCAAGCAAGAGCUUUUAAAAAAAUAGUAAAGAAGGCAAAGACAAAUUUUAAUGUUGAAAUGGAUAUCAGACAACUGGGCGAUACAUCUAGUCGGGUAAAUAUUUUCGAUAUACAUUUCACAUUAUAUAGCAUUAUAUCUAUCUAUUGUCAACGGUUUUAA